AUGGAUCAUCGUGGUCAACUGGCACUCUACGAGCACAUCGUGCAUUUGCAGAUCUUGCUCUGGAAACUCCUGCUGCUCAAGAGCGGCAAAAUCAAAGUAGGGGACAUGUUGAACACACGCAAGAAGCUGGUGAAGGAGAAGGGCGCUGCCCCGACGGAGCUUGACCAGGAGGUGGCAAAGGCGCUCUUCGACAUUGAGGUGUCUCCUUCUUGCGACAUCAAGGCUGACCUCAAGGAUGUCUACAUCAGUGGCGCCAAGGAUGUUGAGGUCAAGCAUGGUGUGGCCAUGGUGGUGCACUUUCCUUUCCGAGUGUGGAAGACAGUGAAGAAGAUCCAGGGCCGCCUGAUCAGAGAGUUGGAGAAGAAGUUCACUAGAAAGCACGUCGUCCUCGUGGCCAACCGCACCAUCUUGGACAAGAACUUCCGACGCAAGGGCCUGAAGGUGAGGCCUCGUAGCCGCACACUCACCGCAGUGCACGAGUCCAUCUUGGAAGAUCUAGUGGGACCCACGGAGAUUGUGGGCAAGCGCACGCGCAUCUCGGUGGAUGGCAGCAAGCUGAUGAAGGUGCUCCUUGACCCCAAGGACAAGGACAAGGAAAACAUCGAGAGCAAGCUGCCUGCCUUCGCAGCCGUCUACAAGAAGCUCACCAACAAGGAGUUCUUGCGGGUCAUUGCAGAUGGCUUGGAGCUGCCUGGCUCUGCAAAACUGGAGAGCAUGAAUGUUGACGAGAAGGGCGCUGCCCCCACGGAGCUUGACCAGGAGGUGGCAAAGGCGCUCUUCGACAUUGAGGUGUCUCCUUCUUGUGACAUCAAGGCUGACCUCAAGGAUGUCUACAUCAGUGGCGCCAAGGAUGUUGAGGUCAAGCAUGGUGUGGCCAUGGUGGUGCACUUUCCUUUCCGAGUGUGGAAGACAGUGAAGAAGAUCCAGGGCCGCCUGAUCAGAGAGUUGGAGAAGAAGUUCACUAGAAAGCACGUCGUCCUCGUGGCCAACCGCACCAUCUUGGACAAGAACUUCCGACGCAAGGGCCUGAAGGUGAGGCCUCGUAGCCGCACACUCACCGCAGUGCACGAGUCCAUCUUGGAAGAUCUAGUGGGACCCACGGAGAUUGUGGGCAAGCGCACGCGCAUCUCGGUGGAUGGCAGCAAGCUGAUGAAGGUGCUCCUUGACCCCAAGGACAAGGACAAGGAAAACAUCGAGAGCAAGCUGCCUGCCUUCGCAGCCGUCUACAAGAAGCUCACCAACAAGGAGGAGAAGGGCGCUGCCCCCACGGAGCUUGACCAGGAGGUGGCAAAGGCGCUCUUCGACAUUGAGGUGUCUCCUUCUUGUGACAUCAAGGCUGACCUCAAGGAUGUCUACAUCAGUGGCGCCAAGGAUGUUGAGGUCAAGCAUGGUGUGGCCAUGGUGGUGCACUUUCCUUUCCGAGUGUGGAAGACAGUGAAGAAGAUCCAGGGCCGCCUGAUCAGAGAGUUGGAGAAGAAGUUCACUAGAAAGCACGUCGUCCUCGUGGCCAACCGCACCAUCUUGGACAAGAACUUCCGACGCAAGGGCCUGAAGGUGAGGCCUCGUAGCCGCACACUCACCGCAGUGCACGAGUCCAUCUUGGAAGAUCUAGUGGGACCCACGGAGAUUGUGGGCAAGCGCACGCGCAUCUCGGUGGAUGGCAGCAAGCUGAUGAAGGUGCUCCUUGACCCCAAGGACAAGGACAAGGAAAACAUCGAGAGCAAGCUGCCUGCCUUCGCAGCCGUCUACAAGAAGCUCACCAACAAGGAGGCGCAGUUCAUGUUCCCCACGGCCUAG